AUACAUUCUGGCAAGACUGGGUUUAUAUAGAUAAACAAUCUUCUGUUUGCUUUAUACUCUAAAGUUGUACCUCUAAUUCGCUGUUUUCAGUUGUGAUUAACACAACUAAAUCACCUCUCUCUCUCUCUCUUCUCUCUCUCUCUCUCUCACAUACACACACGCACACUCUGUUGGUGUAAUAACUUUACAACAUUAAUUUUGAAGGCGUCUCAGAGGAAUCAUAAUUACUUGCAAAUAAAUUGAAGAAGCAAAGUUUGAAGCAGUCCUUGUGUUUGACGAAUUGCCCCAACCAAGAUUUGCUUUUUUUUUCUUCGUUGCUUGUGGGGGCUGCACUCUGUAGAAAUUAUAAUCCAUAGUUUCUCGCAAAAUUGGAACUCGGGAUGGCGGAGGUAGAAAAUGGCGAUUCUGUAUCCAAAAUUGAAGAUUAUGAAGUAAUACAGCAGAUUGGAAGAGGUUCUUUUGGUGCUGCAUUUCUUGUGCUCCAUAAAUCUGAGAAUAACAAGUAUGUUCUAAAGAAAAUUCGUCUCUCGAAGGAGACAGAGAAUUUCAAGAACAAAGAGUGCCACGAGAUGAGUUUAAUUCCAAAGCUACGCCAUCCGUAUAUCGUUGAAUAUAAAGAUGUUUGGGUCGACAAGGGAAACUGUAUAUGCAUUGUGACCAACUACUGCGAAGUUGGAAAUAUAUUCGAAAUAUUAAAGAAGGCAAGAAGAGCAUAUUUUUCAGAGGAGAAAGUAUGCAAAUGGCUCACUCAGUUGUUACUAGCUAUCGACUAUCUCCAUUCGAAUCGAAUCCUUCACGGCAAUCUCAAGUUAUCUAACAUAUUUGUCACAAAGGAAAAUGACAUCCGUCUCGGGGAUUUUGGAUUAGCAAAAAUUCUCAGCGAAGAAGGCCUUGCCUCAACAGUGGGGUCCCCCAACUAUAUGUGCCCGGAGCUUCUUGCAGAACAACCUUAUUGUUAUAAAUCAGACAUUUGGUCUCUAGGUUGUUGUAUGUUUGAGAUUGCUGCACACCAACAAGCGUUUAGAGCCCCCGAUAUGGCUGGACUUAUCAACAAGAUAAACCGAUCUUUGAUCUCGCCACUCCCUAUCGUAUACUCUUCCACUUUAAAACAGAUUAUAAAGAGCAUGCUGAGGAAGAGCCCGGAGCACAGGCCAACAGCGGCAGAGCUGUUAAGACACCCACAUUUACAACCGUUUCUCCUUCGAUGCCACAACCUAUCCACCGUGUUUCUCCCCGUGAAGUCGCCCUCCCCGAACAACUCAAGUGAAAAGACAAAAAAGCCCUCGCCUAGCAGUAGUGGCGGCAAUUCAAGAAACCACAGAGAGAGAGAUGUGGAGCCAAAACAGAAGAAGGAGCUGCUUCCUCUGUUUCAAGAAAUUACUAAAACAGAGUAUCCGAGUUUACUUGACUGUGAAGUCUCGAUAGAAGAAGAGCUCGAGACCAAGAGGGUGGACCCCACAAGCUACUCUGCCAAAUCAUCUCUUAAUAGUAAUGAAGAUUCACCUAAACCGAGCAUCUUAACUAAUCUCAAGAAGCACGUUAAAACAACCAAUGGUGAAAAGGGUUCAGUGAAAAUCAAAGAGGGUAUUAUCUCAACGGGAAGUGAGAGAGAGGCGAGGGGUAAAUUGGUAAAUGCAGAAGCUGCUUCCGUGAUUGGUGGAGAGGAGAGUAAGGAAAUUCCGGGGCAAUUAAGAGCUGAUGCGUUGGAGUCUUUGCUUGAAGUGUGUGCAAGAUUGUUCAAACAAGACAAGCUUGAUGAGUUGUCCGGUGUGCUAAAGGCGUUUGGUGACGAUGCUGUUUCUUCUAGAGAAACUGCGAUUUGGUUGACUAAAAGCCUAAUGAAUAAUGCUCAAAAUCUUGAGAAAAAAUCGUAGUUUAUUGAGGUUUUACUGUAAAGAAAAAUUAUUGGUGUUUUUUUUUUUUUUGGGUGGAUGCAUAAUUUGUUUGUCAAUAGAUGCAUUUGAGAUUUUUUAGGUUUGGAUUUUUUUUUUCUUUUUUCUUUUGAGGAGAACAAGUUUGAUAGUUUGAAAUGAAACUAGUAUGUAUGAAGGAACCAAGUGUGAGGAUGAAAUGUAUUUUCAUUAAUUUUUCAUUUAUUUCA